GAGGAUGCAAUAUAUUUUCCUGGUUACACGGGUUAUGCGACUCUAGGAAAAAUUGUACAAUGCAUACAAGAGUCAAAAUUAAUCACAGAAGUAGAUGUCGAAGAAGCUGAUAUACGUCAAAUUUUAGAUGUUCUGAUUUUUGAAGGGAAAAUCGUAAGACUUUUUUCGGGUGCAAUACCUGAUUCAGAUACAAUGGAUAUCAUUGAUACAAAUCAAGAUUCCCAAUUUGAUCCAUGA